AUGUUAUCCUGUGUAUCGCGCCCUGAUUGGAGCCGCCGCUGUGUCAAACAGAGGCAGAGGUAUCCGCCUACUAACAUUUCGCCGAUUGGCCGGCAGCUUCCCCCGUCCAUUGGUUGGACCUUGACAGCCUUCUCUCCCGCCCUCCGCCCAAUCACCUCGUGGCAUCGGGGUCCUGACGGUGUGAAGAACGUAAGAGACCGAACCGCUCCCCUACUGCUAAGCGAAACAUAGUCCUCGCGGCCGGCGGCUCUCUGAGAGGAAAAGAAGUGAGCCAAAGAGAGCCUAGGGACGCGCGCCGGGCUGUUCGAGCACCCGCGGGUCCUGUCGCUGACUUAACCGGCCCGGGUAGCGGGGCGGCGGCUGUGUAAACCGGCGGAGGAAGACGAGAGCGAAGGGUGUGUGUGGCCCGUAUAUUGCCCGCCUAGAGAGGCUUGAAGGGGAGUGGGCGGGGGCGGGGGGGGGAGAGUGGAAGUAGUUCCGGCAGCACCUUGGCCGUGUUGCCUAAAAAUAGCGCCCCGUGGAUAUCCGUGCGCCGGUGUCAGUGUCUCCGGAGGAGCGUCAGUUAGGGAGGCGGCGGCAGGAGCAGCGGAGGAAGAAGAAGGAGGCGGCGGCGGCGGCGGCGAGAGAGGAAGGAAAGAGGCAAACGGGUGAGCGAAGAGGGUGGGCGCGGGUGCUCAUUUAUGGGGUGGGGGAGCGGCAAAAGGGGGGGGCUGUUGGAGGAGAAGGUGGCCAAGGAGUUGUGGGGGGGAUGCGAUAUAUUUUAUCCCUCAAGUCCUUACCCCAAGUUAGGAAGGUGAUGGAGUUAAGGGGUUGGGGUGUUCAGGGGGGCAUAGUAUGAGAGAAAAUGAGGGAGAAGGUUCCUCCCUCUUUCUGCUUCUCUCCCCCCCUCCAACUCGUUUGCCACCAUUUCCCCCCCCUUUCCUACCUCAAACAGUUGCAAUUUGGGGUGAGCAGGUGAGGAAAAUCAAAAGUUUCUGUAGUAUCUGUGUGAUGACAAUGAUGAUAAUUGGUAGCUAAAAUGCACAUACAGUCUCUGGGCAGUAAAAAAAAAUGCACACAUGUGUUUGUGUGUGUGUGUCUCUGUAUACUCGUCUAGCUCAAGUAGUUGCAAUUUGGGGUGAGAGGAUGAGGCUAGGCGGUGAAAGGGGGAAAUUAAAGUUUUUGUAGUAUUUGCAUGAAAAUAAUAGGUAGCAAAGAUGCACGCACAUAUAGUCUGGGAAGCAGAAAUGCACAUGUUUGGCUAUAUUUGUGUGUGUGUAUACCCUAGUAUGUAUAUGCACUAGUGUGUGAUAUGUUUAUGUAUAUUCUGAUUUGAUCAUGGCUGUAAGCAAAAUGUGUGUGUGUGUGUAUAAAACACAAAUAUCUGAACGUAUUGUCUGUGUACAUAUACAGAUAUACAUGCGUGUAUAUAUGGUUUUUUUUUACAGACACACAUGCUUAAGUUAAUGCCACAGUCAAAUAAAAAUUACAUGAUUAUAUAUAUAAACACCAGACACGUACACACAAUAAGACAUAAUACUUUGUGGUGGUUAUGCAUCUGUUUCAAGAUUGAGAAGAGGCACUUUUUGGCGAGCUAAGUUUGGGUCAUAAUAAGAUAAAAUAAUAGCUGAAGUGGUUUGUGGUGCCUGCAUUAAAAGAUUGUGUUGCUUUCUCCCCUCUUCUUUCUCUCUUCUCUCCCCCUCCCAAAUCCCAUUGAUUUUCAGGGGAUUGGAAUAAAUGUUUUUCAUAUCUAUUUUCUGCUUUUUCUGUCCGUAUCCGGACUUGCAGUGUAUUAAGACAUGAAAAAAGGCAUGCUUGGUUAUUAUUUGUUUAAGGGGGAGGAGUUGUGGAAUAAGAGAGACUUUAGGGGAAUGAGUGUGUGCAAAAGAGAAUCUACCCCCUCUUUCUACUGAGACUUGUACACAAGAAACAUUGGGGGGGGGGGGAGAAGGAAGGAAGGAUGUAGGCAGGCUUCUGAUUGACAGAUUCAUGUUCCCUCUCAUAGACUAUUAAUUCGCUCACAUUGUCUCCUAGAGAUAUCUUUUUUUGUCCCAUUUUCUUCCACUGUUCUCCUCCGCUGUGGUCUGAGAGGUUGAUAAGAGUAAUUUAUGCAUUGACGUGGAUGAGUGUGAGAGCAAGAGAUUUUGGAAGUUAUGCUUUCUCCAUCUCUCUCUUUUUAAGAAAUGGUGGAUUGGUAUGUGGAGAUGAGGAGAAUUGAAUUUAGGGAUGUUUCAUUUUUGGGGUAAAACUGUACCCUCAUUUUAUGAAUCUGACAUAGGAUUCUUAAUGGGUGGGUGGAGAAUAUGGGAAGCAGGUUAGGGAAAGCGAUUGGUGUUUGUUUAGGGUCCAGACAGGCCUUUAAGAGCUAACUAACGUAAUGGAAGGGAUGACAGUCUUGUCUGUGGUGAGUAGAGAAGUGGAUACAUUUGUUUUCUUCUGUUUUUAUUUUUGCUUAGAGUUGUGAGAACCCUCCUUGAUAAAUGGCAGGUUUGGGCUGGAAAUGCUUCUCCUUAUUCUGCAAGAUCAAUACAUGUACCUGUUUUGGAAGGGGCAGCAAGGAAGAGGUCCAUUGAAACAGUUUCUGUUGUUUGCCAGAUAAUUUGAUAUUGGAAAGGUGUUGUGUUGUGUGUUGUUAGCAGACUUCAAGGGAAAAAAAUUGCACUCCAAAAAUGCAUACUAUUUUUAAGCUUUAUUUUGACUGCCAGUGAAGAAAUAAAGAUUACAAAGGAACUGAGUUUUUUCUGUCUCAUCUAAAACAGCACUUCCAUUUGAGGAAGCCCAUUUGAGGUUAGCUCAGCUUAUAAAGUUAGACUUUUCCAACACUCUUUUCCUGUUUAUAUAGGAACCCUGCUGUUGAUAAGGGAAUCAAAGUGUUAAGCUAGUAUUUUGUCCUUGUUAAUGUUCUAAUGACAUGUUGGUAGACAUUCUUCCCUUUGAGUGUGUGACUGAUUGUCUUUGUUGCUUACUAUAAAGAACUGUGUGAGUGAGUUGCAAGGCCUUGUCACUGAUGUUUAUCCUCGCACAUUUUUUCCCUCUUGAAACUCUAGGACUAAAAAGGAGAAUUUAGUUUUCCAUAGUUGCAACAAUAUUCUUUUUUCUUUUCAUGUAACACCUGUCCUCCCAAAGCUUUGGGGAAAGAAUAAAAAAGGGUUUAUUCAUUUAUUUCAGAUACAUCCAUUGCAUUGCAUCUUCUCUGGAUCACAGCGCUAAUAGAUUGUAGGGUAUGACAAUCUAUGGGAUUAUUAUCAUGCAAUCAAUCAUAAUAUUAUGGUCUAAAUUAGCUUCUUAAAGUGUCUUGAAUGUAAUGUCAGUUGAAGUGGAGGAAACAAUUUUUGCAAACAAUUUUGCAAAGUUUACCGUUUCUCUGAAGUUUGGGUUAUUGUCCACUGGAAUCACUGAAAGGGUUAGCAAUGCACAAGUACCUAAUCACUGCUGGCGUAAUGAAUCUCCUGUGUUGGGUGAAGUUAUUUGGGGAGAGAAGGGAGAAGUAGCAUCUGGAAAUGCAAGGUAGUGAGAUGUUAUGGGGUGUAUGUAUAUAAGGUCUUAGCAAAUUUAGAUGGCUGAUACCAUUUUGUAAAAUUUCCUGCUUUUCAGGGGGUUGGAUGGUCCUUGGGGCCCUUCCAACUCUACAAUUCUAUGAUUCUAUGAGAUUCUGGUAUGAAAUUUAACACUGCUUUCAAUAGAACCAUUCUUUCAAAGCAGCCAUAUUUGUUGUUAAACAACCUGUAAGAGACUUAAUAUGAAAGUUUAGCUUAAGAUCUUUCAGUGAAUGGGGUUUGUUCAGGAGUCACAUUGGUUGUUGCUCCUAUGUAAGCUUUCAAAAUACAGUGGAACCUCGGGUUGCGGACAUAAUCCGUGACGGAGACACAUCUGCAACCCGCAGCGUUCGGAUCCUGAAGUGCCAUGUAUGCACAAGCGCUAAGCGCUUUUGCGCAUGCGCGAGCGGCAAUACCCGGAAGUAAUCCAUUCCAGUGCUUCCGGGUUUCCUGCGGUCCUCAACCCGAAAACACGUAACCUGAAGCAUCUGUAACAUGAGGUAUGACUGUAUAGAAUAAUGCUGUGAGAAAAGAGACUGAUGCUUUACUGCAAAAGGAAACAAUGUGUCUUAUUAAAUGAUUGCCACAUUGCCACCUUCAUUUGAAUCUGUGAAUGAAUUGGUAGUAGAAUGUGUACUGUUCAUCACCAGAUUUCUGUGUUUGAGAGCUAGUGUGCAUAUUAUUUGAAUAUAUUUGAUUCACAUUUCCGUAUCCUACUUGGCCAAAAUUAUACACAGUCUGGUUAGACUGUCAUCUUACUCAACAGUUGAAGGAAACAAGAGAAUGCCAUCUUGAGCUGAAGGGCAUGCAUAUUUAGUAGUACAUAACAAUUGCCUAUAUUUUCUUCUGGUUGUGGUAGAUGCUAAGCUACGCAUUGAUAGACUACAAUUAAUUUGUUAACAAACAUUUAUUUUCAACUUUUUUAUUUUAUUUUAGUGAGGUAUGCAAUGCUAUCAGUGUAGAAGGAAAGUGUGAUACAAAUCCAAGGGUACUUGAAACUUGCUAAAUAUUGAGGUUGGCAAGAAAUGCCAUAAACUUUUAAACUCUUAUUUAUUUGUAUACAAAUAUAUUCUGCCUCCUGGACCUCAAAAGGGCCCCCCAAAGUGGUUAUUAGCACUUGUAAAUCUUAAGCCCAAUUAAGUGUUUCAAGAAAAUGGCCAAGUUUUAAUCUACACUUCCCUUAUUUACCUGUAAAGAAUGAAAUUUCCAGGGUCUAUCUUUUAAUUUCAGAAAUAGUUUUAUGAUACCGUAACUUUGGAUAUUCUAUCUGUGCAUCUCAAAUAUGAAGGGCCCUGUAAAAUACCCAGAAAUGAAUACUUUUCAUUUCUGUUAGUUCUGUAUGGGCAUUUACAGAACAAGACUGAAAACCUCCACAUUGUGAAGGAUUAAAUUAUUCUUCAGAGACUUUUUUUAAGUCUUGAAGAUAUGGGAGUUCAGACAGAAAAUACAUGGGAAGAUUUCUUUAGACUUUGAUCAGAUCCUUAUCUUCAAUCUUAGUUUUCACCCAGUCCCUGCAUGUUGUGAUUACCUAGCUUUAUGAUCACAUAUGAUUGUGCAGAUAACCAUUUAAAAGGUAGUGUGGCUCACAUCUGGAGCAAAGUGGCCCAAAGUUGUGAUACUUGCCAUAACAUGGAUUUAAACUUAGAGAUUUAAAAGCUCAAAUUAAUUUUUCUUGCACAAUCCUCCAAUAUUUGCAGCUCACAUACUUUAAAAAAGCCAUACUUUAAAAAAAUCUUGUUCCAUUUAAGAGAUUCUGUUUUGUUCAACAAAUCGUUAGGAGCAAUAUGUUAAUCACAUCUAGUUCAACAACAAAUAAUAAUAAUAAUUAAUAAAAAUGUUUUCCUGUGCUGACUGAUACCAACAAUUCAAAUGUCUUGAAUUUACUUUGCCAAAAGGUUUUCUUUUAACAAAAAUAAAUAUAUUGUUUCUGGAACAUGCACUUUUGAUUCACUAGGUCAUAACUUGGUGGCUAGUAUGUGUACAUGUUGUUGUACAAUGCAUGUAUGAGGGGACUAGAUGCUGAUACGCUCAACUUUCUUUAUGUUUGAAUGUAAAUUUAUUAAGCAGAAUAUGAUUUAAUACUAAUGCAUGUUGAAUGAGUUGGUUUGCACUUAAUGCUUGGGUUUGUUCCAGCUCAUGCCUAUAGUGCUAAACUUCAGUGUUAUGUGCACAAGCUGGAAUGAGCCCAAGGUUACAGUGGGAGGAAUUCUAUAGUCUCACUUUCUGCAGAUCCUCAGGUUUUAUUAUGUAUGAACCAAAGCCAAACUAGUUGGUUUGCAACUGUCAUGCUUUGAACUUGACUUGUUUAGAAAUCGAUUAGUGUUUGUUUUAAACCAAGGGUAGUCAGUGUGGUUGGUGAACUCCAGAUACAAUUAGGCUACAACUCCCAACAGCCCCAGCCAGCAUGGGCCAAUGGCAGAAAUUAAAGUCCAGCAACACCUGGAGGGCACCAUGUUGCCUACCCCAAUUUUAACCCAUUUUCUGGUUUGAACAUAGCAGGCUAGUAUUUCUGGAAACUGAAAUGAAAUACUACAGUAGUAGGUGUUCUCCUUAUCAUGCAGGAAAAAAGAGGGGAGUGCUUGGGCUUCUUUCAGCAUGUUCCGUGGUUUAGCGUUAAGUGCAAACGAGUCCUAUGCUUACUUAUCUGCUGACCUUAUCUGCUGGAAAUACUGGUAAAGAACAGCUCGAUCCAGCCCCGCAGCAGUUGUCACUUAUGAAUGUUCAUAUGGAUACAAUGUGCUCUUGAACAAAUUGUUGGAAUUCAUUGCCAUGUGGAAGAAGUUUGUUCCUCUGCAACUGUCAAAGUGCUGUGACAUCAUAUGUGUUGCUGCCUGACCUUUUGGCUUUGAAAAUGAGUGUGGGAGUUUCCAGUGUACAGGGAUUAGUGGGAUCAAAGAGGAGGUAGAACUCUGUGCUCUGGGGAUCAACCUCGUGCUGAAGAGCAAAUUGCCUGGAGCUAAUUAGUCAUGUACAUCUCUGCAUUCGUGUGCUCAACCUUCUUUAAAAAAAAAAAAAGGUGUGCACAUGUGCUUAUUGUGCUCUUGAAGUGAACUGUGUGAUGUAAAGUAAGUACUGUACAUUAAAAUUAGACCUUAUUGGUUCAGGGAAAGUGCAUCAAACUACUAGCUCAGGAGAAAUGCAUCAAACAAUAUAACUAUUUAAAUAGGUUUACUAGUAGAUUGCAGGAAAAAACAGCUUGAAUUGAAGCCUAACAAACAGUUGUUUGGUUAAUAGUAUAUUGUCUGUAGGCUGUGCCAUAAUUCACUUGUGAUUUAUCUGAAAACUUGGCCAUAGCAACUCUAUUCUUGACCCACUUUUUCUUUCUCAUCUCAUCUUCAGUUCUCAUACUGUAACCGGCUUGUUACAAGAUAUUACAGCUUCCUGAGUUUUCCUUAAAUAAGCCUUCCUGAAAUGUACUGCAUGUGGACGACUGUCUAAUUUAGAACUGUAUCUGGCAUACUAUCCAAUGAAUGAGUAAAAUAUAGCAACAGUUGAAAACAAAUGCCUCACCAAGGAAGUCUUAUUCCUACGCCCACUAUGUAGUGAACUGAAAUUAUUAGUAGUUCUUCCACAGUAUUCUUGAAUAAGUUAGUAUGUGCUUUGUUUCCCUCGCUUCUGUGUUUUUUUAAAAAACCGAAUGCUCCUUUUUUUAACAUGCUACACUUAAAGAUCAGUAAAUCCGCCACUUAGAUUUUGUCUAUUUGUAUUUGGAGUUCAAAAGCUUUGUAAUGAUUUUUGUUGGAUACUUAUAAAGAACAUUUUUAUACAGGAAUGUUCUGAAUAAAUAUUUGUGGGUAUAGAUGCCACAAGGGAUAUUUACAGGAUACAAUGAAAGUAUGGAUUUUCUUGGUUGGAUAUCAGCAAUUGAACCGGCAAUGACUUGUCACGUUCAGCCUAUAGUGGCUGUCAAUUCUGGUGAAUGUGACAGCUGAAAGCCUAGUUCUCCUGCUUUCAUUUGUUUCAUUUUUGGUCAUGUUACAUUGCUUGAAGAUUAAUGGAAGGCAUGUCACAAAUGUUCAGAGCACUGGGGCUUCUUAGGAUACAGAUGAGGGAAUUUCUCUUAGAAUUCUUCUGAUUUUCUGAUGUAGGUUGAACUGUGGUCGCACCAUCACUGUUGAAGUCUAAACUUGUGCAAAAACUGAAGUUUUGACUGAAAAUAAAAGGAUAUUGGAUAGUCAAUCCCCCUCAGUCCCCCCCACCUUCAUUUGUACACCCACCCCCUUUCCAGUUUACUUCAUGCAUUUGGAUGAAAUAGAUUCAGAUUUAUGAGUGUUCUGUUCCUCUAAGCUGCCAGAGCUGUUGUCUUUAUUGUAACCUUUGAAACAAGUAGCAAAGGUGACCUUGACCUCAUUCACAUGUACCCAUGGGAGUUGGAAGCUGCUUCCCUAUGCUGUGAUUCUUGUACUGCUCGCAAGUGUCCGUGAAUGGCUCCUCCAAUAUUGGUGCUCCAAUUCCAUGAAUCUUUCUACCCUUUUGUCACCCUGCUGGGAUAGUAGGGCAGUGAUUAUUAGCAUGUGAUUGCUUGUUCUUUGUUGUAUGGUAUCACAGCACAGAAAAUCAUUGGGAGAAGCAUUAGAGGAAUUAGGAUAGCAAGGUGUUGGGGCAUUGUGUUAAACAAAACAAAGAGAAAAUAGUCUAAUUAUUAAAAAUAAACUAAGAAGCCACAAUUAUUAAAAAUAAUUAAGACACCACGAUUCAACAAUUGAAGGUUGGCAUGAAAUACUUUCAGGGGAAAAAAUGUUAGAAGGCAUAUAUAUUUAUGAAUAACUAGACAGAUUUCAUUGAUGUGGCAAAACAUUUCAGCUUCAACCUUUGUCAACUGCUCUGAUAAAAAUGGGAGGCUACUGUUGCCAAGGUGGCAAUGACAGAGCUUUGAAGAUGGAAUGUUCAGAGGGACUUCAUUUGCUGAAGCUAAGUGAUGUUGGUACUAUCAUCCAGGUUGAAACAGUGUGGUAAUACUGUGUCCAUUGUGCACAACCAGAAGUUUUUCUUCUUUGCUAACAUUGUACGUUCAGUUGAUAACUCUGUUGUAGUUAUUGAUACAUCAGACAGAAUAUGGUUCUCAGAACUAAAAUGUUUUAUCAAUUGGUUGUUCCACUUAAUUGAAUAAAAUUGCAUAUUUAUGGUUUGUAAAGUGUUUGCAAAGGUCAGUUGUAGUUAUACCUACAUACUGAAUAUGACAUCCUGGUUUUGUACUUGGUAACGCGGGUGGCGCUGUGGGUUAAACCAUAGAGCCUAGGACUUGCCGAUCAGAAGGUUGGCGGUUCGAAUCCCCGUGACAGGGUGAGCUCCCGUUGCUCAGCCCCUGCUCCUGUCAACCUAGCAGUUUGAAAGCACGUCAAAGUGCAAGUAGAUAAAUAGGUACUGCUCCAGCGGGAAGGUAAACGGCAUUUCCGUGUGCUGCUCUGGUUUGACAGAAGUGGCUUAGUCAUGCUGGACACAUGACCUGGAAGCUGUACCCUGACUCCCUCGGCCAAUAACGCGAGAUGAGUGCCACAACCCCAGAGUCAAUCACGACUGGACCUAAUGGUCAGGGGUCCCUUAAUAUAGAUUGCAGGGCUGGCAGGUGAUGUACUGUGUCCUACCUAUCCUGGUGCUAUCGAAGGUAACUGCCUCCAUGAAAUACACACAGGUGAUACAGAACCAAAUUGAUUAAAGAGGCAACCAAAUACAGAUGUUACCCAAAAAGAAACAUGAGCAUAAAAUAUUCAUAAUAAUUAUGCAUAACAGUAAAUUCUUGACUUAUACAAUAAUUAAGACAUACUUAAAAAGAAAAUAUUUGUUCCCAAGAGAGGCCACAUGACCUUGUCUAAGUUGGGUAGCCUUCACUGUGAAUUUAGCUGUAUUAAACAUUACAGACCUAUCUGUACUGGAAAACCCAUAUUAAAUCUUAUCCAUACCACUGAGGACAUCAGCCACCACUAAAGUUUUCUCUAUCUUUGCUUAGUUAUUUUAUACAGUUUACAGUAUACAUAUAGUGUGUGGUAUCCUCUAUCCAAGGGCUACUGCAUAUGCAAAAACACUGAUCUCUGGGGAUUUUUUUAAAUCUCCCUUCCAGGCAAUUGGCUUCAUAGUCUGAAAAUGUGGGCCUGA